UAAGGUGAAUUAGCUUAUGUGCUAGUUUGUUUCUUUACCGACUUGUGACGUCACCGUGUUUAUCGGGAGUAAAACAGGACAGGUGGAGGAUGAAAAUGGCCGCAGGAGUUAUUUAGCAUGCCUGUCAGCCUCCUGGAGGCCAAAUGAGAGAGGGGCAGUUUCGACUUCUGCCGUGGACACUCCUAGGCGAGGGGACGACGUGACGUGAUGACAUCCACAGGCACGUAAAGGACAAGCACUGAAGCAGGCAGGAUGGCCGCGAGUUGUUGGAAAGGACGACUUGACUCCGUUUUUGACUACAAGACACCAAAAUUCAUAGUGGCCAAAAACAAAAAAGUUGGAAUUUUGUACAGACUCAUCCAGUUAUCUAUCAUCGGUUAUCUGAUAGGGUGGGUUUUUUUACGCAAGAAAGGCUACCAGGAGACAGACGAGGCCAUCCAGAGCUCGGUCAUCACGAAACUGAAGGGCGUCUCAGUGACCAACACCACAGAGUCAGGUGUGUUGGUGUGGGGGCCGGAGGACUACGUCAUCCCACCACAGGGUGAAGACGCUCUAUUUGUUGUAACCAAUUUCUUUGAGACGCCCAAUCAGAAGCUAGGAUACUGUGCUGAGAGCCCCAAAGUGCUGCAGGGCCUCUGUCAGCAAGACAAUGAUUGUCAAGAGGGACGUGAAGUGGUGGCUGGUCAUGGAGUCAAGAGUGGUCGAUGCUUAUCCAGGGGUGAAAAUUCUACUGGCACGUGUGAAAUCUUUGGCUGGUGUCCUGUGGAGAGACCGUUUAAACCACAGUCUCUGCUGACAAACGUAGAGAACUUUACUAUCUACAUCAAGAAUUUCAUAGUGUUUCCUAAAUUCACAUUUUCAAAGUCUAACAUUCUGGACACAACGGACCAGUCUUAUUUGAAGAAAUGCAGAUAUGAUGAGAAGCUGCACCCCUACUGCCCCAUCUUUCGCUUGGGAGAUCUCACCUUGAGAGCUGGGUACAACUUCAGUGACAUGGCAACAUUUGGGGGCUCGAUUGGCAUCCAUAUUAAGUGGGACUGUGACCUGGACAAAGGUUACUCCAGCUGUCACCCACAGUACCACUUCACCCGCCAGGACAUCAGCACGUCCAACAAUGCGAUCGCAGUGGGAUUCAACUUCAGGCAUGCUCGCUAUUAUAAAAAUGCAGCAGGGGAGAGUUACCGAUCUCUAUUCAAAGUCUACGGCGUGCGAUUCAACAUCAUGGUGAAUGGGAGGGCUGGAAUGUUCAGCAUUGUGCCCACAGCCAUCAAUGUCGGUUCAGGUUUAGCUUUAAUGGGUGCAGGAGUAUUCCUUUGUGACAUGAUCCUUCUCUACCUCAUGAAGAAUGGCACGGCCUAUCGGCAGAGGAAGUUUGAAGGACAGUUGGCGAGUGAAGAUGUCAACACUACAAAUGUAACAAUAUCAAAAUCUCAUGAUACGAUAUUGUCAGGGUAUUAAGGCCACAGUAUGAUAUUAUUGUGGUAUUGUCCAAAAUAAAAAGAGUGAUAAACAUGUUACAGUGUGUAAAAUGAAGUGGCAGGAAUGUUUAGGAUAAAAAUACUUACUGAAGCCAAACACAAACAUGAUGCUCAAAUGUUCUAAUCAUAUUUAUUAUUACAAACAUGUAUUUUUAAGUGCAAAGAAUUGCGUGGGACCAUCCACUGUUUUUAAACAAAUAUUACAAAUAAAACUU